UCGCCGUAGUGGUCUAGCAAUGGCGCGUACUUCCACGCGACCUCUAGUUCUUAAAACUAGUUUGAAACUUCAGUUACUGUAAAGUAACGGUCACGGCUAGUUAGGGGACGCGCGCUUACCGCGUUUCGUUUGUUAUUGCAGUACGAAGCUCACCUGCGUUGUGCAGAAUACAGAAACCUGGUGUUUCGCUUUAGGACACCAGCGACUAGAUCUGUGACAAAAUUAAUAGUUCUGUGGUAAAGUUAUUCCGUCUUCUAUCAGCUUGGAUAUUGGCUGGAAUAAUAUACACUUGAGAAUCUGAAAUAACGUUGCUGUGAAUGUUUGAAAUCCCCAACUGUGAAACUGAGCAGGACCACGAUGGCAAACGUGUGGGUGCAGUGUGAAGCACUCCUGUUCCUCUCGGUACUUUCUUACGACCAUUACACGCAUGCUGCGAAACUGAAUAUUCCCAAAGUUCUGCUACCUCUUGCAAGAAGUACGAAAAUCAACUUUACACUGGAAGCAACGGAAGGGUGUUACAGAUGGUCUUCAAACAGGCCGGAGGUGGCUAGCAUCGAGGCGGUGGAUGUUUCUGAGCAGGAAUGUUCCCAGAGGGCCGUGCUACAGGCCCGCUCCACUCAGCCCACCAGGCUCACCAGUAUUAUUCUAGCAGAGGACGUUGUGACGGGCCAGGUACUGCGUUGUGACGCCAUCGUAGACAUCAUCAGUGAGAUCCAGAUUGUCUCCACCACACGUGAACUCCAUCUGGAGGACUCUCCUCUCGAGCUGAAGAUUCAUGCUCUGGACUCCGAGGGGAACACAUUCAGUACACUAGCUGGGCUCGUGUUUGAUUGGAGCCUCGUAAAAGGGACAGAGAUGGCUACAUUCCCUGAGUCCUACAACUCAUUACGGGUCCUCAAGUUCUCAGAGUCGACCUACAUCCCUCCAGGUUACAUCUCCGAGAUGGAGAGAGUAGGAAAACAAGGAGAUAUCAUCUUGGUCUCAGGAAUCAAAACUGGACAAGCCAAACUGAAGGCCAAAAUCCAAGAGUCUCUUUACACAAAUGUUGGCGCGGCAGAGGUGAGACUACUGAUCCUCGAGAACCUUCUCCUGAGCCCAGCGUAUGAUGUUUACCUGCUUGCCGGCACCUCCAUCAAGUACAAGGUGCAGAAGAUCCGUCAGGGAAAGAUCACAGAGCUGUCCAUGCCCUGUGACCAGUACGAACUUCACCUGAAGAACAGCGUGGUCGCUGCUGGUGGAUACUCAGGUGUGGCCGUGGCGGAGCUCGACCAGAGCACUUCCACCGUGUUUGGCCUUCAGCAGGGCCACACCAACAUCGUGCUCGAUCACAAGAGUCUUGGUAUGAAGGGGGCGUGUCGUCUUCCGAACAGCACCCUGUACGUGGUGGAGCCAGGCUACUUGGUGUUCAAGAUUCAGCCUGGAGAGCGCUGGGUCCUGGAAACCCAAAGGAUCUAUGAGAUCUUCACUGAAGUGUUUGACAAGUCAAGUAACAGGAUUCAUCUGUCUGAUAACAUUCGCAUAGAAACUAGGUUCCCCAAAGAAUUCUUCCAAGUUUUGGCUUCUUCCCUGAAUGGAUCUUACCAUCGUGUGAAAGCCCUGAAAAAUGGCCAAACCAUUAUAGAUGGCACCCUAAAGUCUGUCAUGGCUCGAGAUGGAACCAUCCACGCACUUCCGAUACCAGUACGGAACGAACAGGAUGUGGAAAUCUACAAUCCAAUAGUCCUCACUCCUUCAGUACUUACGUUCCCAUGGCAACCUAAAGAAGGCGCUUACCAAUAUACCAUCAAGGCAUCUGGAGGCAGUGGGAACUUCAGCUGGUCGUCUUCCAACUCCGCUGUUGCCACAGUCACAGUGAAGGGAGUCAUGACCACUGUGCGGGAUGUUGGUGCUAGCACCAUCUACGCCCAUGACCUGCGCAACCCGCUCCAUUAUGGGGAGAUGAAGGUGUACGUGAUUGAGCCUGUGGGCAUGGAGUUCUGCCCGUGUGCUGUGGAGGUGCGCGUGGGCCUUCACCUCGACCUGCCGCUGCGCUUCUUCGGCCGGCAGAGCUGGGAGGCUGGGGAGAGGGUGACCCUCAGCGACUGCUCCCAUUUUGACCUGCAGGUGGAGACAGAGAGCCAGGGCAUCUUCAAGCUGCUGGAGGGGAAAUUACCCCCCGGCCAGGAGCACUGCAGUGGUGUACGUGUCCAGGCCUUAUCUCCAGGGUACACCAACCUGCUGGUCAGCUAUACCCAUGGCAACGUCCACCUGAGCGCCAAGAUCACCAUCGCUGCCUACCCUCCUCUGACGGCCGUGGACCCGGUGUCUGUUGCUGUGGUUACCCUUGGCUCCUCCAAAGACAUGGUCUUUGAAGGCGGGCCCAAACCGUGGGUUCUGGAACCCUCAAAGUUCUUCAGAAACCUGACAUCGGAGGACCCGAGCAGCGUGGAGCUUUCGCUCAUGGCCCCGCCCUCUCGCAGCUACUCCAGACACCUGGUGCGAGCCACCUGUCGAGCCCUCGCUGAGCAGGUCCUGGCGGUGACGGUGGGGAACCAGCCCACAGUGACCAACCCGUUUCCCGCUGUGGAGCCAGCAGUGGUGAAGUUCAUCUGUGCACCCCCGUCGCGUCUCACCCUUGUCCCUGUCUACACCAACCCCCAGCUGGACCUGUCCUGUCCCCUGCUCCAGCAGAACAAACAAGUGGUGCCCGUGUCUAACUACCGCAACCCCGAUCUGGACCUGGCGGCCUUCGACCAGCAGGGGAGGAAGUUUGACAACUUUAGCUCGCUGGGAGUGCUGUGGGAGUCGUCCAGAGCAGCUCUGGCCAGCAUCGAACCCAGCAGACCCAUGGAGCUCCACCUAGUUGAAGACAGCAGCAAACAGAAGAAGCUUCACGGUCGUCAGACGGUCCUUGUCCAUCAUGAGUCGGGGGUAGUGGCCAUCACGGUGACUGCGGUGGGCUACCAGGCAUCUCACCUGGAGGCAGCAGCCAUUUCCCGUGGGUUUGAGCCUCUGUCCUCUGUUUCUGCUACUCUGGAUCUCCUGCUGGUGGAGGACGUGAGGGUGAGCCCAGAGUCCGUCACUGUCUACAACCACCCUGGAGUGCAGGCUGACCUGACUUUGCGGGAGGGCUCUGGAUAUUUCUUUGUCAAUACCAGCGUUGGGGGAAUAGCUAAUGUUGUGUUCCAGGAGUCCCAGGGAACUGCUGAGGUGGUGCCGUUGCGGCCCGGAGUCUUGCAGGUCAUGGUUCAUGACCUCUGCUUGACUUUCCCUGCCCCUGCCACAGUGAUGGUGCACAUCUCCGAUAUCCUGGAGGUUUACGUGCGUGUGGUUGAUAAGGUGGAGAUUGGGAAGUCUGUCAAAGCAUACGUCCGAGUUUUAGAUGACAACAAACAGCCCUUCCUUGCAAAGUACUUCUCCCGCAUGGAUCUGAAACUGAAGGCUGCUUCAUCUAUCAUUUCUUUGCAAGCCCUGUCGGAGUACCCAGAGAAGGACACCGGCACCUUCCUGGUCCAAGGCCUGGUGAUUGGCCAGACGAGCGUGUCUGCCGUGGUAAUAGACAAAGAUGGGAGAAGGGUUACAUCUGCCCCACAGCAGAUCGAGGUUUUCCCUCCUUUCAGACUGCUCCCAGGAAGAAUCACUCUGAUUAUAGGUGCAGUGAUGCAGGUCACGUCAGAAGGGGGUCCUCAGCCCCACUCCAACAUCCUCUUCUCCCUCAGCAAGGACAGCGUUGCGUCCAUCAGCAGCGUGGGGCUUGUGCGUGGCCUCGCGGUCGGCAACAUGACCGUCACCGGCGUAGUGCAAGCAGUCGACACGGAAACCGGCAAACUCGUGGUGGUUUCUCAGGACCAGGUGGAGGUCGAAGUCAUCCAGCUGAAAGCCAUCCGAAUCAGAGCUCCCAUCACACGACUGAAGACUGGUACCAUGAUGCCUGUGCAUGUAAUGGGUCUCACCAGCAGCCAGACGCCCUUCUCCUUUGGCAAUGCCCUCCCUGGUCUCAGCUUCCACUGGACGGUUACCAAGAGGGACAUUCUGGAAGUGCGCACGCGCCUCUCUGAGGCCAACAUCCAGCUGUCAGCUGAGCACAACUUUGCCAUGAACGUGCUCGGGCGGAGCAAAGGCCGCACCGGCCUGAGGGUCGUGGUGAAGGCCACAGUCCCUGAGGCCGGUCACCUGGAGGAGAACGCCCUGGAGAUGUCCGACGAGAUCCAGAUCCAGGUUUAUGAGAAAUUGCAACUCCUGAACCCUGAAGUGCAGGCUGAAGAGAUCCUGAUGUCCCCGAACUCUUUCCUAAAACUUCAAACCAAUCGGGAUGGACUCGCUGCACUGGUGUACCGAGUACUCAGCUGCCCAGACAAAGCUGCGCUCAUCCAGGUGGACGACAAAGGACACGUGUCUUCAGGUUCUCUGACGGGCACAGCCUCCUUACACAUAACCUCUCAGGAGUCGUUCGGCAUCAACCAAACCAUCAUCCUUGCUGUGAAGGUGGUGACGGUGUCGUACCUGAGACUGAGCACGGGGCCCAUGCUGUACACGGCGAGCAGGGAGACGCUGGGAGCCGUCCCGCUGGGGGCCGUCCUCACUUUCACCGCCCACGUCCACGACAGCAGUGGAGAGGCCCUGCACAGCCACAACUCUCAACUCAUCUUCUCUACAAACAGAGAUGACCUAGUGCAGGUUGGGAAAGGCUCCAGUAACGGCACCCUGAUGGUGCGUACCGUGAACGUGGGCUUGACCCUGCUGGGUGUGUGGGACGUGGAGCAGGCAGGCCUGUCUGAUUACCUCGCCCUGCCUGUGCGGCACGCCAUCCAUCCUGCCGAGGCCCACAGCCUGGUGGUCGGAGAUGUUGUCUGCUUCUCUGCCCAGCUGGUCAGCCAGGAGGGCAUCUCUGGUUCCUGGAGCUCUUCGUCCACUAUUGUCCUGGACGUCCACCCCAAAACGGGCGUGGCUGUGGCCCGAGAUAAGGGUGUGGUCACGGUGUAUUACGAGAUCCCCGGCCAGCUGCGCACUUACAGAGAGGUUGUUGUCAACAGUGUCUCCAGGACGACUGUGAUGGUUCCGUCCAGCGUGGUGAGAAGUGAGAGAGAAACCAAGCUUCUGCUGAGCACCAGAGACAAGGGAACUAACCUUAUAGGAACCUGCUCGCCUGCGCAGGCAGAGAGUAUCGUCUCCAUCCACCCUGAGACCUCCAUCAGCUGCCAUCUGCAGUUCACCAACGACGCAAUUGACUUCUCUGCUCACGACAUCUACCUGACACACACUGCUUUUGACACCACCACAGGCUACUACAUCUGUGUGUUGACCCUCCAGCCCCUGACUGAAGAGCAGGUCAAGGUUCUGAGCAUGUCCUCCACCAAUGUGAUGGUGCGUGCCGCCGUGGAUGGCAGCCAUUUCUCCGGCGAGCAGGUCAGCGCCCAGCUGCCUGUGGACCCAGGCUUCUACGCAGACCAGACGGCCAUCGUCCUGAGCAGCAGGCAUGCCGCAGCGGACCUGACCGUGUAUGGAGCCCUCACGGUCCUGCGGCAGCUGGAGGUGAAGUCCAGCUCUCCCUCUGUCGUGGUGCAGGAGAAGGAGGUUUCCUAUGUGUAUCCGAGCUUCAUUAAGUACUCUGUCAUCCUGGCCGACCCGCGAGGAACAGCGUCGGCUGCUGUGUCUGUGUCCAGUACAAUCAGUGGCCAGGUGCUUGACAUUCCUGUAACAGUCAUGCACGUGGCGGACAUGAGCACCUCGGUGAAAGCCGCUGUCAUCGGAGGGGAAGGCGCCAGCAUUUUCCAUCAGUUUGUGGACUCUUACCAAGUAAUGUUCUUCACACUGUUUGCUCUUCUGGCUGGCACAGCUGUUAUUGUUAUUGUCUGCCAUGCACUCUUCUCUCCAAGAGACCAGCCAGUUCACCCCGUCUUCAUCCAGAGGACAUCCCCGGCACCAGCCACACCGGCCGGGAACCCUUACAACCACACGAUGGCCUCAGACAUGAUGGGCAGCCCCAAACUGCGCCUCUUCUCACCCGACUACAACUCUCGUUGAGAACACAUGCCAGCCUGCUGCCAACAGCCUUUAGAAGUGCCUUUUCUAUGAUCAAAGGAAGUCCAAGGUAUUUGUUUGUGUGUGUACAGUAAUGGCUUCCUGAAUUAAAUUUUGCAUUUUGAUAAGUGCUAUUGCACUGAAAAUCUGAGCAUGUGUGCGCGCACUUAUGUUGAGUUUGACUGUUUUUAGUUUGAAGAGAUUUUUUGUAAAAUGAAGUGAUUAUUUAUAUUAGUUUAGUGCUCUCUGCUCUGUGUUUUGUAGAUUUGCCACUCAGUUUUGUUUUGUUUUGGUUAUUUUAGUUUGUUCAUGUGAAUCUGAUUUGAAACUCAGGACAGCUCUUCCUCUGAUGUGGCAGUCUUGCUUGCUGACAUAAUCUUUGCUAAUCUGAUGCUUGCUGUAGCAUAUCCUGAAGAGCAUCACUGAAUCCGUCCCAGUUACAUGUUGUUUGGAAACAGUGUUUUAAUUCAGAACAACGUUGGCCAGUUAAGUCUGUGGGGUUUUCUACUGUUGUUUUUUUUUAAGGUCAGAAAUGCCUUAAUCCAUCUCUCCUGAGCCAGUAUUGUGCAGCUCAUCAUCAUUAUGGAUGUGAAUUCCCAGCCUCUUGGACUUGCGGAGCAGACGCAGUGCUGAACUGUGGGCUCUUACAGUUGCACUGAGACCUGCUUCCUUUUUCUCUGAUAAUCACUUGCUCUCAUUGAGCGAAAUAUUGUAUAACAGUGUGAACGGAGUUCAAAGUAUAUACUGUAUGUAACUAAACACAGUGAAUGAGUUAACGCAGUGCUAGGAUUGUGAAAAAUUUUCAUUUUGAUUGUGUUGUUCCCUGCACUGGGUGCCAUAAGCUGUGAGUAUGUGUGAGUAUGUGUGAGUGUGAGUCUUGGGCCCCUAAGACAGCACCGUGAUAUAAAUUGAAAAAAAUGUUUUGCUUGUUUAAUACUGUUCUUUCUGAGAACCCUCUCCACCUGUUUAUCAGUCAAGAAACUGUACUGUUUUACAAUGAGAGUUUUCGGUUUCAGGAACUUUGCCACCUCUUGCAACAGUUUGAAAUUGGUGUCAGAUUACAGAUGGCUGCCCUGAAAAUACUUUUUGUUUGCUUUUUUUUUUACUUAACAUUUGCUUGUCCAGGCUUUAUUAAAUAAAUGUUAUUUUUAAGAUA